AAUAGCAGCGGGCCGGGACAACACGAGCAGACGGGCAGAGACACUGGGCAGGGCCGGGCACGUCAGACAGGCCAGCCGCCGGGAGUGAUUCACCGUGUUUUGGGGCCGACUGGGAAGCUUCCUUCAACACAGGAUACCGUUAAAAUCUGGCCUGACGUUAUCAGAGAGGGCAGGAGAGAGGCUCGGGACACCAUGUCGCAAUUUCGAGCACGCUGAUAUCGAUUUUUGAAACCACGAGAGAAAUUUCGUAGCGCUGCUGCGUGUGUGUGUGUGUGACGGCGACUGUCAAGGUUUUUGCAGACUGUUAUACAGUAUUUUUCUGGGACAGCCAUGGAGACCGUGAUUUCUUCGGGAGGACAGCGGCACAACUUGAAGCAGAGGUUCUCGGUGUUGCAGAACCUCGGCCAGGGAACAUACGGGAAGGUCAAACUGGCAGAGGAAAAGAAGAAGGGAAAGAAGGUUGCCAUCAAGACUAUCCGUAAAGACAAGGUUCGAGACAGUCAGGACAUGGCACGGAUCCGCAGGGAGAUAGAGAUCAUGAUGUCUCUCAAACAUCCUCACAUCGUAGAGAUACUGGAAGUGUUUGAGAACAAGGAGAAGAUAGUACUGGUGAUGGAGUUUGCCUCAGGAGGGGAGCUGUACGACUACAUCAGCGAGAGACAGAGACUGACAGAGACCGAAGCUCGCAGAAUCUUCAGGCAGAUCGUCUCAGCCGUCAACUAUUGUCACAAGAAAGGUGUAGUUCAUCGAGACCUGAAACUGGAGAACCUACUACUUGAUCAGCAGAACAGAGUCAAGAUUGCAGACUUUGGUCUGUCUAACACGUACAGCCAUGACAAACUCCUGAAGACGUUCUGUGGCAGUCCGCUCUACGCUUCCCCCGAGAUCGUCAACGGCAAGCCAUACCAUGGUCCUGAGGUGGACUGUUGGAGCCUGGGUGUUGUGCUCUAUGCGCUGGUGUAUGGGACCAUGCCGUUUGACGGUAGUGACUUCGGCUCCCUGACACAACAGAUCUCCAGGGCACAGUACUUUGAACCCUCCCAACCCUCAGAUGCUGCAGGCCUGAUCCGCUGGUGUCUGACCGUAAACCCGAAGCGGCGAGCCACGAUAGACGACAUCCGGCACCACUGGUGGGUGUGCGCGGAGUACGAGGAGGAGAAACCCGUGAAGGAGACCACCCCGCCCAUCAGCCACUCCCUCCCAAACUCCCAGCGCAGCUGGAUCGAGGAGGCACGACAAGACUUCAGCGUCAGCCUCAAGUUAUCCGAGCAGAGGAACAACCAUGUGGCUCCCGACAAAACCACCAAGUGCAAUGACAUUCACGUGAACGCCAAGAACAUGAAGUCUCGGAUCCCGCGGCCGGUUAGGACUGUCCUCCCGCCCAAACCCAAGAAGGGUAUCCUGAAGAACCCGGGUACCGACUCUCCAACGUUGUCGGUGAAGUCUACGCCGGGAAGCAAACCGCGUAGCCUCGCGACUCCCGCUCGCAAAGCACUGAGAAAGAACCGCGAGUCGGGGUACUACUCUUCCCCGGAGAGGAGCGAAUCGGCAGACGGGAUCCAGAAGAACAAGAAGCCAGCUCUCGUGCAGAACACUAAAAACGGCGCGAAACCGAAAGGAAUUCUGAAAAAGAACGGCAAAUACUCGAGCGCGCCCAACACCGGAGAGUGCGGGAAGGUGGCGGAUGUUGCGAACAGACCGGCGAGUGCGGAGGGUUGUUUAUCGGACAAAAGCGAGACAACGGAGAAGGACAACAGGCCGUCUAGUACGUACAGCGAAGAGAGUCUGUUGUCGGACGAGUCGUUCGAUAUUCUUAGUCCGGGUUCAGGCCCGCCGUCUUCGGAAACGCUAGACAUGGACGAAGACGGGGAAGACAACACGUGGAGGCUGUGUCAGGACGAGUUUGAAUUCCACAGCCCCAGACAGGACUCUCCGCUGAGGAAAAACAACAGUCGGUUCGGCCACGAGCUGGAGGAACUCUACCAACAAGCCUUGGACAUAUGUAAGACAAUAGGCGACAACGCUAAAUGAUUCUUACCCACACAGACUUAAGAGACUUGUGGAAAAUGGAGGACAGAAUUCAGUUGUGUAAAAUCAGUUUAAAGUGUCUUAAAAAUGUGCAACCCAAGCAGUGACUGAAGUGACUGAAGAUAUGAAGUUUAUUGUGAUUGAAAAUAUGAAGUCACUUCAAUUACAUGACAUUUACCAUAUUGGUCAUAUACAAUGUACCAUUUGUGCAUAAAAUACAUGUAUGGAGGUUGCAUUGUUAAAACCUUGUCAUUAGCCAUGGUUGAACAAUGAUUGUCUACAAUCAUGAUACAUGUACCCAUGACAUUAUAGUGUUCAUACUAAAAGGUAGUUUAACAUGAUAGUACUUCCAAGAAGAGAAGCAUCGAGAUUCUGACACAUUUCAGAAUUCUGACCCGUCACACAUAAAUACUAUUAGUACAGUAGCUAGUUUAUUCCAACCUUCAUGUACAAAAUAUGCUAUCAGAACCAAGAGAAACUGAAAUUUGGACAUAACACUAUUUUUAAGAAAUGACAACUCAAAUUAUAAAUCUGUAACAGUUACAUGAGUUCCUCUCAGCAUGUCAGCGAUGGUUAAAUUCCUUAGAUACAUAAUGAAACACAAACAUGCGGAUACCUCAAAGAGUGACCUACAAUUUUCUCAAAGAGUGACCUACAAUUUUGAAAGCUUCCAAAUGAAUGACUGACGGUCAGAAAAUUCUAUUUGAGCAAAGAGAUAAAAAUGGGAUGGCCUCCUAAAUUUUGUACCUUCUUCCUGGACUAGAUAAUGAAUCACCUCUGUCAUCGUGGUUAAUACUAAUUUGAUUAGCAUUGGCGAAAUGUAUUUUGUUGCCUUCCAUAAACUUGUUUGUGUGCAAAUGUGGGCGUUGUGUCACGCCACAGAGUUAUAAGUUGUCAAAAUCUUCCAAACUGUGAGAAAUGGAGCAUUAGAUGCCCUGAAAGCCAGUUGCAACACGAUAUUCUUUACAAUUCUUUUCGCGUCAAGAUUUGAGUUAAAAGAUCUCUACAGUUUAUUUAAGGCUGUCUAGAUAUUAAUCUGUUUAGAGAAUUAUGUUGUUAGAAGAUGCUAAAAGAUUUCAUUUAUUUAAGAUUUCAUUCCAGCCUUGUGUAGACUUUCUGGUUAAAAACCAGGAGCCUGAACUAGGCAGUUGCAUUUUGUUGUUCAUGUAUAGGAAACCAUGUCCAAAGAGCAGUGGUACUGAGUCGAAACUAAAUUUGAAUUUUUUUUUCUGUGAAAAAAAGUACUCCAGUUCAUGCGUUCUAGCCAGCUUUGAUUUUUUUCUCAUCAUCUCAGUUUUAUUUGAUAUAACAUCAUUUUCAGUACCAAAGGCAUGACAAUGCCAGAGGAGAAAAGUUUGAAAUCU